CCUAGAUUGCUAAGCUAGUAGCAACACAUUAAUUAUUGCUAAGCAAAGGAUCCUCCCAUGGCAGUCAAGUCUUGCGUAGCGAUGCUGAUACCUUUGGCACUCUUGCUUCUUGCGGGCAGCUCCUCAGUAGUGGCUCAGCUGGAACUCGACUACUACAGCAAGACAUGCCCAAACGUCGAGGCGAUCGUCCGCGAGGAGAUGCAAAAGAUAAUCUCCGCCGCACCAAGCCUCGCCGGUCCACUCCUAAGGCUUCAUUUCCAUGACUGCUUUGUCAGGGGUUGUGACGCCUCGGUCUUGCUCAACUCCACCGAGGGCAACCUGGCAGAGAGGGACGCCAAGCCCAACAAGAGCCUCAGGGGCUUCGGUUCAGUGGACAGGGUGAAGGCCAAGCUCGAGGCCGCCUGCCCCAACACCGUCUCCUGCGCCGACGUCCUCACCCUCAUGGCCCGCGACGCCGUCGUGCUUGCCAAGGGCCCAUUCUGGCCGGUCGCGCUCGGGAGGCGAGACGGCAAGGUGUCCAGCGCCACGGAGGCGGCAGACCAGCUGCCCCCUGCCUUCGGCGACAUCCCGCUGCUCACCAAGAUUUUCGCCUCCAAGGGCCUCGACCUCAAGGACCUCGUCGUCCUCUCGGGCGCGCACACCCUUGGCACGGCGCACUGCCCAUCUUUCGCCAACCGGCUCUACAAUUUCAGCAGUGCCUAUGGCGCGGAUCCAUCCCUCGACAGCGAGUACGCCGACAGGCUCAGGAUACGCUGCAAGAGAGUGGACGACAAGGCCAUGCUGUCCGAGAUGGACCCUGGCAGCUACAAGACCUUCGACACCGGCUACUACCGCAACGUCGCCAAGCGGAGGGGGCUCUUCCAGUCUGACGCCGCACUCCUCACCGAUGCCAGCACCAGGGAAUACGUCCAGCGCAUCGCCACCGGCAAGUUUGACGACGUGUUCUUCAAGGACUUCAGCGAGUCCAUGAUCAAGAUGGGAAAUGUCGGUGUGCUCACCGGAGUUGAUGGGGAGAUCAGGAAGAAGUGCUACAUCGUUAACUAGACUUGCUCUUACCUUGUGCGUUAACUUAAUUAUUCUUGAUUAUUGUAACUUCACGGGUAUGUAAGUUGAAUGUCUGUAACCAUAAUUAUUGUGUUGUAUUAGCAAAUAUGGUAUCAAGUGAUCGAUUCUGCUCGUUAAUGGUU